UGUACUAGUAUAAGGUUUAUUAAUGAUUUAUUUUAGGAAAAAUAGGUAUUAUAAUAAACAAAAAAAGAAUUUGGUUUUAAAAAUUCAAUCUUUAAAAUCUGCUGCAAGCCCCCGACAGUCCGAGUUCGUGAGUUCUGGUCUUGUUUCAACUCUUGUACUGCUACAGCAAGCAUGGUAAAUUGGAGUGAAAUUCCUGAAGAAAUUAUUAGGAAAAUUGCAAUGGAGCAUCUUGAAAGUUUAGAAGAUUUUGAUGCUUUUGGGUUGGUCUGUUCAAGUUGGAGAAAUUCAAUAAAGGAUAUCAACAACUUCUGUCCAUAUAAAAACACCCAACUUCCUUGGUUGAUGUUAGCCGACCCUCCCAAUAAUUCACACCGCAGACUUUACAGUCUCUCCAAACACAUGUUCCGUAAUAUCAAUCUGCCUGAGCAUCAUGAUGACCGAUGGAUGUUUUUCGCUUCGAAAGGGUGGCUUAUUUCUUCUAGUCUCAGUAAUAAAAACAUCACCCUUUUUGAUCCUUUCUCUAAUAAAGUGAUCAAGCUACCGAAUAUUCUUCCAAAGGUAUUGCAUUUUGAUGAAAUUGAAUUAGUGGAUGAGGUUACAUCUUUAUUUGUGUAUUACAAAUUCAUCAUAUCAUCUAGGCCGUCGUCUUCUGGUGAUGAUUUUGCUGUUGCAACAAUGUUCGACAAAACCCAAAGGUUGGCCUUUUGGAGACCUGGGCAUGCCGAGUGGAGUAUACCUGACGCGCAUUUUUUUAUUAAUCAAGUGUUCGAUGUCUGUUACUUUAAAGAAGAAUUCUAUGCCAUAGAUUUGUACGGAAAGGUAAUGGCAUUUGGAAGUGAGGUAAUGAAACGACAACCUAGAGUUGUUGUUGAUGUUUCGCUUCGAAGUGAUGACCUUGAUAGCCACCUAGAUGUCAUUCCAUACUUGGUAGAAGUAGAAAACACUUUGUUGGUAAUACUGAGGAAGAUUUACAUGGGUGAUGUUGGAGAAGAGGAUGAAGACAAGUAUUACACCGAUUCAUUUGACAUACUCCAGUUGAAUGUGAACGAUGGAAAAUUCAAACAAGUCAAGGGUGUGGGUGAGCAUGCUAUAUUCUUGGGUUUUAACUCUACUUUCUCUGUAGAUGCAUCAUCGUAUAAACAUGGUUGUAAAGCUGAUUGCAUAUAUUUUACCGAUGUUUAUAUCGAAACAUUUCGUAGUACGAGUGUAUGCAAUGGAGGAAGCGAUAUGGGUAUUUACAGCUUGAAGGAAAGAAAAGUCAUUGAACGAUUUUAUGAAGGUCCUUCACAAUUCUGUGAUAUUACUCCUCCCUUGUGGGUAGAGCGCCCUCAUUUUUAAAUUGCAAUAUGUUAAGGUUACUCCCAGUAUAUUACUUUAAUUUAAUUCCGCACACUUACUUGUUCCUCAUGACGAAUUAUGUCUGUUGUUGAAUUUUUUCUGUUGUUGAAUUAGAUCCAAAUUUGGGAUGCAAUGCAAAAAUUAUAUAUCAAUAAGGAAGUGGAAGUCAUACAUACAUUUGAAACCUAAGCUAACAAUCAGAUUAUAUAAGCUGUAUAGUGUUGUCUUGCAUUCUUAUCA